CAGGUGGCUGAAUUUGGUCAAUGACAUUUGCCGUCUAGCUAGCCGUCCCCUUUCCCCGCUCGUAAAAAACCAAAACUUUUACAAGAAAGGAAACUUUGAAACACGUGUUUUUUACUAAAAUAAUAUGUAAACGGCUUUUAAAUCGACACAAAACUGGUGGAAAGUGUAUAAAAUACCGUUUUUAGUGUUAGUGAACUAUUUAAGUGGUGUAAAUAACUGUUAAAAUGUCGGGGGCUAGUACUUCUCAAAGUCCGCCGAUAGCUUCAAUCAGUGAUGUCGGUGCUUUAUUUCAAAAUGCUAAGAAGUAUGAGGAAUUAAACGUAAUUGGAACAGGAGCUUAUGGCACAGUGUACAAAGCUCGGGAUCUUCACAAUGGAGGACAGAUUGUAGCCAUGAAGAAGGUGAAGGUAGCUCUCACAGAAGACGGCAUACCGCUGUCUACGUUGAGAGAAAUAGCGUUGUUAAGACAGCUGGAGGCUUAUAGACAUCCUAAUAUUGUGAGACUCCUAGAUGUCUGCCACGGAGGUCAGUCACUAGAGAGAGAUCAGCAGCUGGUGUUGUUCCUAGUAUUUGAGCACGUGGACCAGGACUUGGAGUCGUUCCUCAAGAGAUCUCAGACACCAUUGUCGCAGAGGACUAUAAGGAGCAUGUCCUACGACAUACUAUCAGGCAUCGACUUCCUCCACUCUCACCGCAUCGUUCACCGAGACCUGAAGCCUCACAAUCUGCUGGUGACGGCUGCUGGCAGAGUCAAGCUGGCUGACUUCGGCCUGGCCAAGACUUAUGACACCGAUAUGAAGCUCACCAGUGUGGUGGUAACACUCUGGUACCGUCCCCCAGAAGUGCUUCUCGGAACAUCAUACAACACAGCAGUCGAUGUGUGGUCAGCCGGUUGUGUCCUCGCACAGCUGCAUACCAGGAAACCCUUACUGCCAGGAGCCUCCGACUCUGAUCAGCUGCAUUGUAUAUUCAGGUUGCUAGGCAGACCAUCACGGUCGGAGUGGCCAGAGAACGUGUCUAUAAUGCUGGACAGCUUCCCGGAGUACCAGCCUCAGGACUUAGCCGAAAUCAUACCUAGGAUACAUCCGCAUGCUCUUGAACUUAUUAAGGGCAUGCUGAUCUUCGACCCAGCAAAACGUCUCACAGCUUUAGACUGCCUCGAACACCCUUAUUUCACAGAUGAACCACUUACAUAAACCCUGAAAGUGAAUGUUUUAACUGGUAUCGGAAAAUGUUUUUUAAUGAUUGUUGUAAGUUUAAAU